UUAAAUUAUGGUAUAUUUUGUGUAUGAGCCCAUGCAGUAAUAAAAUACAUGGAAAUAUUUAUAUAUGAUUCGAUAGUUUAUUUUGUUAAAUAUCAAGAAUCUAAAAGGUGCGCGUUAUAGCUGACACCUGGAUGAACACUUUACAGUUGGUAUUAUGAUUGUAAGUCAUUCCCUUCAAAUGCUAUUGAAGUUAGAAACGUGUUUAACAAUGUCGUAUGUAACUUUAGAGACGGUCCCUUAAUUUCCGCAUAUCGGCGAAUAACGAACGUCCAACGUCAAGCCAACUUUAUACCAGCUCUAGGCAAAACCUCAGAGAAAAGCUCAGAUGGAGGACAACGCGGCUCCUGCCUUCACGUUCGGCUUGAUCGCUGAUAUUCAGUACGCCGAUUUAAAGGACGGUUAUAAUUUCCACGGUACCCGGAAGCGUUAUUACAGGAACAGCCUGCACCUGCUGAGAAACGCCAUCAGGCACUGGAAUGAGGAGAAGGUGAAACCCAGCUUCAUCCUGCAGCUCGGAGACAUCAUUGACGGCUUCAACAGGAAGCACGGUGCAUCAGGUAAAGCUCUGGAAAAGGUGCUUGAUGAAUUCAGGGGCUGCUCGGCUCAGGUUCAUCAUGUGUGGGGCAACCACGAGUUCUACAACUUCACCAGGAGCGCCCUGUUCUCCUCUGAGCUUAACAGCGAGGUCAAAGGAGAAGAGGAGAGAGAUGACAGGAUGGACGACGUCUACGCUUACCAUUUCAGCCCUGCUCCUAAAUUUAGAUUUGUGGUCCUGGACGCUUAUGAUCUGAGUCUCAUCGGCCGGGAGGAAUCGUGUGAGAAGUACAGUCAGUCCUUUGAGAUCAUCAAGGAGCACAAUCCUAAUGAGGAACUUAAUCAGCCUGCAGGCUUAAUUCCGAUGGACGGAAGGUUUGUGAAGUUCAACGGAGGACUCAGCCAAGAUCAGCUCGAUUGGCUGGAUAGACUGUUGACCAGUGCUGACGAGAAAGGAGAAAAGGUCACGGUUGUGAGUCACAUUCCUGUUCAUCCCUACUCCACUAGCACUACAUGUCUCACAUGGAACUAUGAUGAGAUCCUUCCUCUACUGUGCGCUCACAAGAGCGUGGUGUGUUUCCUUGCUGGACAUGACCAUGAUGGAGGGUAUUGCGUAGAUUCAACCGGUAUUCAUCACCUCACAGUGGAAGGGGUUAUUGAGACGCCUCCAGACUGCGAUGCUUUCGGCACUGUGUAUGUAUAUGAGGACAAGAUGAUCCUCAGAGGUAACGGGAGGAUAAAGAACAGAGUGCUUAUGUAUCGAUGAGGCAGGAGAUAUAUAUGUGUGUGUGUGUGUAUGUAAUAUAUUUCUGUGUACGAAACUUAUUUAAUUGACAUCGAAUCAUCUCUGAAAGCAAUUUGUAAAGUAUUUAAUGUGCAGAAAAAAACACUUUACUAACUUAUAUUUUUAUGUGUGAAUAUUGAAUGAUGAUCAAAAAAAUAUUAUCUUUUAAUAAAAUAAACAAAUGUCUAUAUGA